AGGCGGAGGAGGAGGAGUAGAAGAAGAAGAAGAAUGUGAAGUGAUCCCGUGCCCCUUUUUCUUGCUACGUAGUAUUUUGCUUCUUCCUUUUUCUUGUGCGCUGCAAUCUACCAUGAUGAAAGUUUGUACACAAACAUUCCGAGAUGGUUGACAGUAUCCAGUUGCAACCGCUGCAGAUAAACUCUAAGAAACGUGUUUAUUACAACGCAGGGAGUCACAGCAGGUACCAGGUGGAAGAUGAGGCCUCCCACAUGGAUGAGAUGCCCCUAAUGAUGUCAGAGGAGGGUUUUGGGAGUGAUGAGAGCGACUAUCACACCCUUCCUCGGGUUCGAGUUAACCAGAGACAGCGGGGGCUGGGUUGGUUCCUGCUGGGGGGCUGGACGCAGUGGUGUAGCAGAUGCUGUGAUUGCUUGUUAUAUGCAUGCUGCCGUAAGAGAGAGAUGAAGGCCCGAACUGUGUGGUUAGGCUGUCCAGAGAAAUGUGAGGAGAAGCACCCGAAGAAUGCCAUAAAAAAUCAGAAGUACAAUAUCAUCACCUUUAUACCUGGGGUUCUGUACCACCAGUUCAAGUUCUUCUUGAAUCUUUAUUUUCUGGUGGUGGCCUGUUCUCAGUUUGUACCUUCGCUGCAAGUUGGAUAUCUAUAUACCUAUUGGGGCCCUUUGUGCCUUGUGCUGGCUGUGACAAUCAUACGGGAAGCAGUGGAUGAGGUGCGGCGCUGCCGGCGGGACAAGGAGAUGAACUCGCUGCUCUACAGCAAGCUGACAGUCCGAGGGAAAAUUCAAGUGAGGAGCUGUGACAUACAGGUUGGAGACCUCAUCAUUGUUGAAAAGAACCAAAGGAUUCCUGCAGAUAUGGUUUUCCUGAGGACGACAGAGAAAACUGGGUCUUGUUUUAUCCGAACUGACCAACUGGACGGUGAGACGGACUGGAAACUGAAGGUGGCAGUAGCGUGUACACAGAGACUGCCCGCAUUGGGGGAUUUGUUCUCCAUUAAUGCCUAUGUGUAUGCUGAGAAGCCACAGCUGGAUAUCCACAGUUUUGAAGGGAAUUUCACAAGGGAAGACAGUGAUCCCUCCAUCCAUGAGAGUCUAUCCAUCGAGAACACUCUGUGGGCUAGUACUGUUGUGGCGUCCGGAACAGCAAUAGGGGUUGUGAUCUACACUGGCAAAGAGACCAGAAGUGUGCUGAACACAUCCCAUGCUAAGAAUAAGGUGGGCCUACUGGACCUGGAGUUGAACCGGCUGACCAAGGCCCUCUUUGUGGCCCAGGUGGUGCUGUCCGUUGUCAUGGUGGCGCUGCAAGGCUUUCUGGGCCCCUGGUUCCGAAAUCUUUUCCGCUUCGUUGUGCUCUUUUCCAACAUCAUCCCAAUCAGCUUGCGGGUCAAUCUGGACAUGGGAAAGUCAGCCUAUGGGUGGUUGAUCAUGAAAGAUGAAAAUAUUCCUGGCACAGCUGUACGAACCAGUACCAUCCCAGAAGAGCUUGGGCGACUUGUGUACCUGCUGACAGACAAAACCGGAACUCUGACACAGAAUGAGAUGGUAUUCAAACGCCUUCAUCUGGGAACUGUGUCAUACGGGACAGACACAAUGGAUGAGAUUCAGAGUCAUAUUGCACAAUCAUAUGCACAGGUCAGUGGCUCCAGCUCCAAUCCUUCCUCUAAUCAGCAGCCAGCUGCACCCAAACUUCGCCGGAGUGUUGGUUCACGCAUCCACGAGGCGGUGAAAGCCAUUUCACUGUGCCACAAUGUCACUCCUGUAUAUGAACCCCAGGUGGCAGUCAGUGGUGAGACUGAGUACACAGAGGUGGAUCAGGAUUUAAUUGACGAGAACCGCAACUACCAAGCUUCCAGCCCAGAUGAGGUGGCAUUGGUGUGCUGGACUGAGAGUGUGGGCCUUACACUGGUUAACAGGGACCUGACCUCCAUGCAGCUGAAGACCCCUCAGGGACAAAUCCUCUCCUUCUACAUCCUACAGAUUUUCCCCUUUACAUCAGAGAGCAAGAGGAUGGGCAUCAUUGUCAGGGAAGAGUCUACGGGUGAAAUUACCUUUUAUAUGAAAGGAGCAGAUGUUGCAAUGGCGACCAUUGUGCAGUAUAAUGACUGGUUGGAGGAGGAGUGUGGUAACAUGGCCAGGGAAGGUCUGCGCACAUUGGUCGUUGCCAGAAAAUCCUUAUCUGAGGAGCAGUACCAAGACUUUGAGAGCCGUUACAACCAGGCCAAGCUCAGCCUGCAUGACCGGGCUCUCAAGGUGGCGGCUGUGGUUGAGAGCUUGGAGAGGGAGAUGGAGCUACUCUGUCUCACAGGAGUGGAGGAUCAGCUGCAGGCCGAAGUGCGACCCACCCUGGAGCUGCUGCGCAACGCUGGCAUCAAGAUAUGGAUGUUGACAGGAGACAAACUUGAAACAGCCACCUGCAUUGCAAAAAGUUCACAUUUGGUUUCAAGGAGCCAGGACAUUCACAUCUUCAGACCAGUCUCUAACAGAGGGGAAGCGCAUUUGGAGCUCAAUGCAUUCAGAAGAAAGCAUGAAUGUGCCCUGGUCAUUUCAGGAGAUGCACUGGAGGUGUGUUUGCGGUAUUAUGAGCAUGAGUUUGUGGAGCUGGCGUGUCAGUGCCCAGCUGUGGUGUGCUGCCGCUGCUCACCUACGCAGAAGGCCCAGAUCGUCGAGCUUCUGAAGCGACACACAGGCAAUCCCACUUGUGCAAUAGGUGAUGGAGGCAAUGAUGUUAGCAUGAUCCAGGCAGCAGACUGUGGUAUUGGCAUAGAGGGAAAGGAGGGGAAACAGGCAUCCUUGGCGGCAGACUUCUCCAUCACGCAGUUUAAACACAUCGGCCGGCUACUGAUGGUCCAUGGACGCAACAGCUACAAACGCUCUGCUGCACUUGGGCAGUUCGUCAUGCACAGGGGCCUGAUCAUCUCCACCAUGCAGGCUGUCUUUUCUUCCAUAUUCUACUUUGCCCCUGUUCCCCUAUACCAGGGUUUCCUGAUGGUGGGGUAUGCCACCAUAUACACCAUGUUCCCAGUCUUCUCUCUGGUUCUGGACCAGGAUGUGAAGCCAGAGACUGCACUCCUCUAUCCUGAGUUAUAUAAGGACCUUACCAAGGGACGUUCCUUGUCUUUUAAGACUUUCCUUAUUUGGGUAUUAAUAAGCAUAUACCAAGGUGCCAUCCUGAUGUAUGGGGCAUUUCUGCUGUUUGAGUCAGAGUUUGUGCAUGUGGUGGCCAUCUCCUUCACCGCGCUCAUCCUCACAGAGCUCCUGAUGGUUGCCCUGACUGUGCGCACCUGGCACUGGCUCAUGGUCUUGGGAGAAUUCCUCAGUCUGGGGUGCUAUCUGGCCUCCCUCGCUUUCCUCACUGAAUAUUUUGAUCCAGCAUUUAUCACGACCCCGGCAUUCCUUUGGAAAGUGUCCCUGAUAACCGUUAUCAGCUGUCUUCCUCUCUAUAUAAUCAAAUACUUGAAGCGCAAACUAUCCCCACCAAGCUAUUCAAAGCUUACUUCAUGAGUGAAGACUUUGAGCAGCAAUUCAGUUUACCUCAUGAGGAAUGUGAUGAGUUACUCCAGGCAUGCCUUGUGAGCAAGGAUUUGGAGAAUAUCCCUUUCUUUCCAAGUUGGGUAUUCCUUGUUGCUGAACUGUGCUGAAUGGGCCAAGCCGAAGACACUGGAAUGUUGAAGGAGCAAGAGAGAGGAAAAACUUGAGAUUCACCUUAAAAUUUGUAUUGCACUAUUUACAGCCCUGCCACACUUCGUAUUAACUUGCAUUCUGUUUCAUAUGUGGCAUUCUUAAAUUGUUCAUUUUUAAAAGGUGAUUAUUGAUUUUGUUUAAGGGUUUUUGUAAACAAAAAACUAUAUAAAUAAUAAUAUACUGGUAUAUGUACAGGUUUGUACUGUUUUAGCCGCAGGUUUUACAACUUUUGCUACACACGUAUGUGACUUGAACCUAUGUACUGUUAACAUUCUGUUUGUGAAAUUUUCUGAACAAAUGAUGCAGUCAUAGGAGAGUGUUAUUUGGCAAAUGUAUUUGUUCUAAGAACAAUUAGCCUUUUGCUUCUGCUUUUUUCCCUCAGUAACAAAUUGCAGAAUUACUUAAUUAUGAAUCAUGAUUUUGAAGUCAUAUAGUACCAUUCAUUCACUCCAACAUAAAGAUGGUCAUAUUUAACACUCUGCUCCUGAACAUACAAUUUUUUGUGUGUGUUGAAACUUGAGAUGCUUUUCCAUUUUUCUUGGUGCACAUUUCUACCAUUCUGAUUUUAAGUAUUUUAUGUUGAUUUAACUAAUUUUGAUUAAAGAACUAUACAUUUCUGUUUUAUCUAAAAAGGUCUUGUGUAACAAGUUUUCAGAAUUUUUGCCCAAUGUUGAAACAGAGUGCAAUGAUGACUGUCUGCUGCAGUAUGAUUUCAUGUUGCUAGGUAGUUGCUGAUUUAUUUUGCCUGCUUAAAGUGAGGCAUGCAGUAUUUUUGCUUUCUUAAUGAUAGCAGGUCUCCUCCAUCCAUGCUUUUUUUUUCUGUUUACUUUUUUGUUUAGCACUUUUAUCCUUUUUUUUUUUUACAUUACCAACAUUGUACAUUACCAUUU